GACGGACCAGCAACCUGUCACCACAGCGUAUAGAGCGCAGACCUAACAGAGUUACUAUACCGGGAAACUGGAACGGACAGGGCUCUGGGAUGUCUCCGAUGUCUCGUCCGUGAGAAAGCACAUAAGGAACUAUCGAAACAGACACUGCAAAGCGAGGCAGGAGUUUUAAUUGCAAGGGAAAUCUGGAUAUAACAGUUCAUUUUAUUAUUGCCGUUGGAUACGUUGUUUCCAACUUUGCCUGACGGGUCGGAGUGGGCUACCAACUGUUCUUCCAGUGGACAGUUUCGUCUUGGCGAGACAGGAGCGGAAAUAAACAGCCGCUGACCGCGCACUCCGAAGUGGACUAAUCUUUCCCCAGCACCCGAUGGACUAGCCUACCAGGCAACGCCCGGAACCCAAUUAGUUGAUCAAUUUGGAUUCUUAGCGGGAUUACUUUGGACCUUUCCCCCCUCGUAACAAUGAGUCGGGCUGUGUGCACUCUUGCGGCGGUAGCGCUCUCCCUCGCGCUGCUGUGCUGUCCAGGAUCCAUUGGUCUGGUGCGUGCAUUCGGCGACGAGACAGAGGAGAUGACGUGCGACCCGAUACGCAUCGCCAUGUGCCAGGACCUGGGCUACAACGUCACCAAGAUGCCCAACCUGGUGGGCAAUGUCCUGCAGUCAGACGCCGAGCUCCAGCUCACCACCUUCACACCACUCAUACAGUAUGGCUGCUCCAGCCAACUGAAGUUCUUCCUGUGUGCGGUGUACGUGCCCAUGUGUACAGACAAGGUUCGCAUCCCCAUCGGGCCGUGUGGCAGCAUGUGUCUGUCUGUCAAGAGGAAGUGUCUGCCAGUCCUAAUAGAGUUCGGCUUCGUCUGGCCAGAGCUGCUCAACUGCAGCCUGUUCCCCCCUCAGAAUGACCACAACCACAUGUGUAUGGAGGGUCCGGGGGAUGAGGAGGCCCCCUACCAUCCGGUCCGACCCCUGCCCCCCCAGGAAGAGGAGUGCCAGGCCCUGGGGGCCGGGCCAGACCAGUAUGCCUGGGUGAGGCGGAGCCACAGCUGUGCACUGCAGUGUGGGUAUGACGCGGGGCUGUACCGGCGCGAGGCCAAGGUGUUUACAGACGUGUGGAUGGCAGUGUGGGCGGUGUUGUGUUUCCUCUCUACCACCCUGACCGUCCUCACCUUCCUCCUGGACUCGACACGUUUCUCCUACCCUGAGAGACCCAUCAUCUUCCUCUCCAUGUGCUCCAACCUCUACAGCGUGGCCUACCUGGUGCGCCUGACUCUGGGUCGGGAGCGUGUGUCCUGUGACCUGGAGGAGGCAGUGGUACCUGUUCUGGUACAGGAGGGGUUAAAGAGUACUAGCUGUGCCAUUGUCUUCCUCCUGCUCUACUUCUUUGGCAUGGCCUCCUCGUUGUGGUGGGUGAUUCUGACUCUGACCUGGUUCCUGGCUGCAGGGUUAAAGUGGGGUCACGAGGCCAUUGAGAUGCACAGCUCCUACUUCCACAUAGCAGCCUGGGCCAUCCCUGCCAUCAAGACCAUCGUCAUCCUCAUCAUGCGACUAGUAGAUGCUGAUGACCUCACGGGGCUGUGCUACGUGGGUAACCUACAGCAGGAGGCAGUGACUGGUUUCGUGGUCGCCCCGCUCGCUGCAUACCUCCUCAUCGGCACUCUGUUUAUCUGCGCCGGCCUGGUGGCCCUGUUUAAGAUCCGCUCCAACCUGCAGAAGGACGGGGCCAAGACGGACAAGCUGGAGCGUCUGAUGGUGAAGAUCGGGGUGUUCUCUGUGCUGUACAUGGUGCCUGCGUCCACUGUGAUAGGCUGCUACCUCUACCAGCUGUCCCACUGGGGGGACUUCAGGGCCAGUGCCAGGGACUCCUACGUGGCAGCAGAGAUGCUGAGAAUCUUCAUGUCUCUGCUGGUGGGCAUCACGUCGGGCAUGUGGAUCUGGUCGGCCAAGACCCUCCACACCUGGAAACGCUGCUCUGCCCGGCUGUGGAGGGACGGUCGGGCAGGGAGGGGCAAGCGGGCACCGGGGGACAGCUGGAUAAAACCUGGCAAGGGCAAUGAGACGGUGGUGUGAGGAGAGAGGGAGAGAAGGAGAGAGAGCGGGGAAGAUAGGAACCGGGUGGCUUUUUAAAGCAAACCUGCCCCCAAACCCACUGCUAGUGCUACUACCUGAUGUAGGAGAGCGUUAGAAGGAAGGACAGACAGAUAAAUAGCCCCACUAAGCAGACAGUGGUCUCCUUUGCCCACGUUGUCUGUGGUUCUCUCCCUACUAGCAGACUAACCCACUGCCAGAGAAGAGACUGACCCUGUUGCCUACAGCAGGCUCUGGGCUGAUCUAUAGAACCUUCUGACUUCAGAGAGUUGUUUUAAAGGUUGAAUUUACACUGGAGUCAUGAUCCAGAUGAUGUACAGAUCUAAACUACAGCCACACUGAAAUGCACUAUGACUAGCUGAUGUGGAUGUAGUUGGUUAACAUGCCUUAUGUGGAACGGGAGGCUGGACUGCCCAGACAGCCACACUCUGGAGGCUAUGAAGCUAUGCCACUGCAUCUGCAUCUGGGAUUUGUAGUGAAUUGACUCUAUGGUGCUGCAGCUAAGGCACCUGGGAAACGUAGGCCUAUGUCCUUUACCUCAGUGCUCAGCAAGCAGCACAGCUGACAUCCACCGACCUACACGCAGUCUUAAUGAGGAAACAGACACUCAACUAUGAACUCUGAACUUUAACCCUUGACCUUCUUCAGUCACUCAUGGAACCCUUAGGAAUUGCGGUCAGUAAUGAACUGGUAUAAGGUUAUUUCUGUAUUUCUUUUUACCGGUUUUGGAAGUGAAUUAAGGGUUAUUAUGAAUGAUGUUAGACAAUCAACCCCCAAAACACAUUAUGCAAAUGCUAUAAUACACCAACAGUGAAACACACAGAGAGAGAGUCACACUCACACAGUCUGUAGAGUUGCCCCUUAUGCAAUCCACUCCCAUCAAAUCUGCUGCAUCAGCUGAGUUAUUAUUGCAUUAAGCUGAAACCAUUACAACACACACAGCAGAGAGACAGUCAAAUACACUACACACACACACACACACACACACACACACACACACACACACACACACACACACACACACACACA